AUGACAACCACCGACAUCAAAAAGAAGAGGCUAUCAUUGCUUGGACUCUUGAAGGAAAUUUUUAACUGGUAUCCUUCUGAAUAUCCCUCGGAGGAGCGAAAAUUACUCUUCAAGCUCGAUGUUUCAAUUUUGGUCUUUGCAUGUCUAUGCUUCUUUGUCAAAUUUCUAGAUCAAACCAACAUUAGCAAUGCAUACGUCAGCGGACUGAAGGAGGACUUUGGCCUCUACGGAAACGAGCUCAACUACUUCAACGUCUGCUACUACACGGCUUAUGUCGUCUUUCAGGUUCCAGGCAUGUUGUUGAUGUCUCGACCGGCAUUAGCAAGGUGGCUUCUUCCGACUCUGGAAGUUCUCUGGGGAAUCGUCACCUUUGCUCAGAGCCGAGUUACGAAUGUGCACCAACUUUAUGCGGCACGUUUCCUUGUCGGAAUGCUCGAGGCUCCUGUAUUUGCAGGCACACAUUUCAUCCUGGGCUCCUGGUAUAGCGGCCCUGAACUCUUUAAGCGCGCCGGAACUUGGUUCAUCUGCAACCCCCUCGGAUCAAUGGUGAGCGGUUACCUCCAAGCCGCUGCUUACAAGAACCUAUCUGGUGUUGGCGGCAUGCCUGGAUGGAAAUGGCUCUUUAUCAUCGAUGGCAUCUUUACCAUCCCUGUCGCGUUUCUAGGCUUCAUCAUUUUCCCUGGGGUUCCUGACUCGCCGAGACCCUUCUUCCUGACUGAGAAUGAUAUUUCAUUGGCCAAGCAGCGUCUGGAAAGGUACCGGAUCCGACGUCCUGGAAAGAUUGGACGCGAUGUGUUUAAGCGCACUAUCAAGAGAUGGCAUAUUUGGGUUUUUGUAUUCUGCUACAUCUGCAUGAUCAUCUCUUCCUAUCCUUCUUCGUACAUGAAUCUCUGGCUCAAGGACGAAGGUUAUUCGGUUGGACAGAUAAACACGCUACCGACCGUCACCUCUGCCAUCACCAUCGUCGCUUCUUGGCUUGGCACGACCUUGGCGUCUAUUUAUCCGUCGUGGAUCAUAUACACCAUCGUUGAGGGUUCUUGUAUGUUUGCGACAAUCUGCAUGAUUGUGUGGAAGAUCCCCAAAGGGCUAAAAUUCUUUGCGUGGUACCUGUUUGGUGUAUCAGGCUGUGCAAGCCCGAUCUUGUAUUCAACGGUCAACACCAUCGUCAAGGAUGACUCUGAGGAGCGAGCCCUCAUCAUGGGGUCGAUGAUGACAUUCGGGUAUUCUUUCUACAUCUGGGUUCCUCUCCUACUCUUUCCCACAGCUGGACCCAAUGGAGCGCCCAGAUGGCGCAAGGGCUGGCCGGUUACGCUGGUCUUCUUCUUCUUGCUUUGGUCAGGGUUCAUCACGGCCAUUGUGUUGUGGAAGAAAAGGUGA